UCACCACCAAUACAGUACCAGUCCAGCGAAGAACGAUCAUCCAUUUAUCACAGGAAUCCUAUUCUUCAUCAGCCGUGAAACAGCAACAUUCAAGAUGACACGCUCUGCAGACAAUGUCGUCGGCAUGAUGGACAAUGCUUACUUUGUUGGGAGACAAGAACUUCUCUCUUUUUUCAAYGAUCUUCUUGAUUUACAGCUAACGAAGAUUGAACAAACAGCUACUGGAGCCAUAGCUUGCCAGCUGGCAGACUACAUUUUCCCAGGUAGUAUUCCUUUAUCGAGAAUUAAUUGGGAAGCAAGGUCCGUUUUCUGUCGACAUCUUGGACGAAUUGUAGAAUGAUUGGGCCAUUGGAAUGUGACUAUUCUGGGCAACCCGAAUUUGGAAGGAAAGGAACCUCAAAAUCUGYUGAACAUUGCUCYGAUGUUAGCGAAAACGGGUCGGGUACUAACAUACAGAUUUUUUGAUGACUCGUCGUUGUUUUUACUGCUAUUCGUCGUCUGAUACAACGAUUUUCACAGGUCUGACUACGAAUAUGUAGCUAACUAUAAACUCCUCCAAGCUGCAUUCACAAAGAACAAUGUUCAGCGUUUUGUUGAUGUUCCUAAGUUGAUCMGAGCUAAAUAUCAAGGUAAGUGAAAGUUUGWUACUUCCARGUAUAUAGCGUGAAACAAAUCAUUGUAUUUGCAUAUCGGUUCAAGGCCUGCUCAGUGCCGUUGUUCUUUGCCUUUAUUUCUGAACGAUUGAAUAAUCAAUCAAAAUUAAAAACUUAUCUUUAUCUUUUGAGAAGACAAUCUGGAAUUUUGUCAGUGGCUGAAAGCAUUUUAUGAUCAGUCGGGUGCUUAUCGCGAAGGCUACGAUGCUAAAGCCAUCCGGGCCAAGGGUAAGGGCGGGAAAAAGUAUAACGAUGCCAUGAAUAAGGCUGCAGCAAAGGGUGGGCCUUCCAGAUCAACGAAAUCUAGUUAUCCAUCGAAACCUAGGGUAUCCACUCGAASUCAACGACCAACUGUCAAGCCGAAAGAGCCUUUAAGAGCGUCAGAAAACAAAGCACGACCGAUUCGCCAAGAUUCAACAUCGAAAAGAGCUCCGGUGAAGGCUAAUCCGGAUCCGAAGCUUGUAAUACGAAAUACUGAACUUGAAAAACAAGUUAUCGAGUUAGAGAGUGCAGUUUCAGACAUUGAGAGRGAAAGAGAUUUUUAUUUUGGGAAACUAAGAACUAUCGAACUCUUUUUGCAAAUCAAACAGGAUCAAAAUUGGGAAGGGUGUGAAAGGGAGGAUGUGGUUGAUAACCUUUUCAAAGUUUUAUAUGCAACAGCGGACGAUGAUGUUAUUGUUGACGAACACGGGCAUGUUGUUCCGGCAGUCUCUCAAGAAACAUSUCAUAACGAAGACAUUACGGCUCAACUUGAYGAGGCACUCGAGGACAACAAUAUCCUUGCMGAUGAAAUUGUCGGCGCCUCUGAAUAACAAAACAUAGCAUUCAGUGGUUGAUCUCCAUCAGAAWUUAUCAAAUUUGAUUGUGAUAUAUGGUCGUCGACAGUGACUGUACCUUUGUCKACUCAGACACGAAAUAAAUAUAAGAGUAAUGA